AUGGCCAGGGAUACUCGCUCACCAUCACCUGUAGGCAGCACGUAUUCUUCGUCGAAACGAAGCCGGAGAGGCGAUGAUAAUUACGACAAGGGCAGACGCCAUGAUGUGAAGGGAUAUCGGAGGUCCCGCAGUCCCGAGCGACGCCAUCGUGACCGAGGCCGGGACCGGGAUAGAGACCUUUACCGACACCGAGAUCGCUCUGUUGAUACUCGAGACUCUCGUAACAAUACCUCGUAUCGCCCCAGAAGAAGCCGUUCGCGCCCCAGAUACCGUUCUCGUUCACGAGAAGACAAUCGUGGCUACCGAUAUCGAAGCAGGAGCAGAGACAGGACCUACCGGAACAGACGAGAUGAUUCUCGUGAUCGUGGUGGUAGACGAAGGGAUAGCUCUACUGACUCCAGGCGUACUUCUCGACGGGAUGGGAGUAGAGAUCGAGACACGAGGGAGUCUAGCACAAAGUCUCGUGAGAUAUCCAAGCAGACACCUGCUGCGGCUCCUGCUCAAACUGAUGAACAAAAGAAGGCUGAAAGACUAGCAAAGUUGGAGGCAUGGAAGCAGAAACAGGCAGCGGAACGUGAACGAAAGCAGAAUGAACUAGCUGCAAGCGGACCAAGAGGCAUCCUUGAUGAAAUUGAUAAAAAAGUCGCUUUAUCGCGCGGUGCAACCACGACUACCACCACGUUCACAGCGCCGACUGCCAGCUCCGAUACAACUGGUGCAGCAAGAGUUACGGAUACGAAAUUAACCCCGACCCCUGAGCAGCUUAAGAAAACAGCAGUGGCUUCCGGUAGUACUAAAGUGUCUGAAGCCUCUACUCUUUCAUCUGCAAGUGCCGUGGCUAACAAAUCUGCAGUUGGUGCCAGCUCAUCCUCCGUUGCUGCGCCUCUUAAAACGUCAGGCAAUCUCAGUGGGUUUGGUUUAGGAACCAAAGGUCUCGGCGAUUCAAGUAAAUUAAGUGUAAAAAGGACACUGAAUUUUGGUGACGAGGAAUCCAAAGGCACAAAGCUUUUAAAGCUGCCUGACUCUUCCCUAGAGGAGUUUACAACUGACACUGCCCCGCAAGACGGUGAUGACGAUGACGAUGAUGACACUGUUAUGCAAGACGGAGGCACCGAAGAGGAGAACGCCGCUGCUGCAAGGGCAGCCGCAGAAAGACGUGAACAGAACCGCAUACAACCUGAACCACCUUCAGAAGAAGAAAAGCCUGAAGAGCCUCAGUCAAAGGAACCUUCCAACGAUGUUACCAUGGCCGACAGCGGGGCUGACGCAGAGGCAGAUGAAGAUGUUGAUCCGCUGGAUGCUUUCAUGUCCAAUUUAAAACAAAGCACAUCGACACCGAAGCAGAAGAAUAUCAAAACUUCUAGUUCAAAACUUCAGCAACCGGAAGCUAUGUUUGGAGACGAAAAUGACAUCAACAUGGACCCAGUCGAGCCGGAAACGGACGACUUUUUCGCGUUGGCUAAUAAAUCAAAACGCAAAAAGGAUAUACCCACUGUCAACCAUUCAAAGGUAAAUUACGAGUCGUUUCGAAAGAACUUCUACACUGAGCCUGUUGAUCUUGCUGGCCUGACUGAGGCAGAGGUUGCCAAUAUACGGCUAGAGCUAGACGGGAUAAAAGUCCGAGGCGUUGACGUCCCGACACCCGUUCAGAAAUGGUCUCAGUGUGGUUUAGGUGUCCAAACCCUAGAUGUUAUACGCAAACUAGGCUAUGAAGGACCAACCUCAAUUCAAUCUCAGGCUGUCCCGGCAAUUAUGUCCGGUCGGGAUGUAAUAGGAGUGGCAAAAACAGGCUCCGGAAAGACCAUUGCUUUUCUUCUCCCUAUGUUCCGGCAUAUUAGAGACCAGCGACCGUUAGAGAACAUGGAAGGUCCAAUAAGUCUUAUCAUGACCCCGACUCGAGAGCUUGCCACCCAAAUUCAUAGGGAAUGCAGGCCUUUCUUGAAGGCGUUGAAUCUUCGGGCUGUCUGUGCAUACGGAGGAGCACCGAUAAAAGACCAAAUUGCGGAAUUAAAACGGGGCGCGGAAAUUAUAGUCUGCACUCCGGGCAGAAUGAUUGACUUGCUUACUGCAAACUCGGGGAGAGUGACGAACCUGCGAAGAGUGACGUAUGUGGUCCUUGAUGAAGCUGACCGUAUGUUUGACAUGGGAUUUGAGCCUCAAGUGAUGAAAAUCCUUGGAAACAUUCGGCCCAAUCGUCAAACUGUUUUAUUUUCCGCCACCUUCCCUCGAAACAUGGAAGCGUUGGCCCGAAAGACCCUGUCAAAGCCUAUUGAGAUUAUAGUUGGCGGAAGGAGCGUUGUCGCGCCGGAGAUCACGCAGAUUGUUGAAGUUCGAAACGAUGAUGCCAAAUUCGUUCGUCUCCUGGAAUUACUAGGAAAUCUUUAUUCCGAUGAUGAGAAUGAAGACGCUCGUACGCUGGUGUUUGUCGACAGGCAAGAAGCUGCGGAUCGCUUGCUACGUGAUCUGAUGCGCAAGGGUUAUCCGUGCAUGUCGAUCCACGGUGGAAAGGAUCAAAUUGACCGCGAUUCAACGAUCGAUGAUUUUAAGGCGGGCAUAUUUCCCAUUCUCAUUGCCACGUCAGUAGCGGCGCGAGGGCUUGAUGUAAAGCAGCUCAAGCUUGUCGUUAAUUAUGAUGCUCCAAACCAUCUUGAGGACUAUGUUCAUCGAGCAGGUCGUACAGGGAGAGCGGGGAAUACCGGGACAGCAGUUACAUUCCUAACAGAAGACCAAGAGCGGUAUUCCGUUGAUAUCUCCAAAGCCCUCAAGCAAAGUGGUCAGCCGGUCCCUGAGCCCGUUCAGAAAAUGGUUACUGCAUUCCUGGAUAAAGUCAAGGAAGGCAAAGAGAAAGCAAGUGGAUCUGGAUUUGGAGGUAAAGGGCUGGAGCGACUUGACCAAGAACGUGAUGCUACUCGUAACCGAGAGCGGAAGACGUAUAAAACUGGAGAAGAGGGCGAAGAUGAAGAUAAGGAGGAAGAAAAGAAAGAAAAAGAAACUGACCUGUUCAGCAGAGUUGCAUCGGCCGUUCAGUCCUCCACCGCAACUCCAGCCUUGGGUACACCUGGUGGUGUGGACCUUGACGGGAAAAUCACCGUCCACAGGACACAGAAAGAGACAAGCUCAUCUUCUGGCAAGAAUACACUGGAUAAAGUAGGUUCUGCUGUUGCAGACAUCCAUGCUCGACUUAACAAGGCUGGUGUCAUGAGAUCCGGUGUACCGAUUGAUAACAAGGGCCCUGAUGCGGGAGCUUUCCAUGCCACCCUUGAGAUCAAUGACUUCCCACAGAAAGCUCGAUGGGCCGUUACCAACCGGACCAAUGUUGCUAAAAUUCUAGAAGCAACCGGGACCUCGAUCACCACCAAGGGCAGCUUCUAUCCAGCAGGAAAGGAGCCGCAACAGGGCGAGAAUCCUAAACUUUACAUUCUUGUUGAGGGCGAUACAGAGCUGGUAGUUACCAAUGCCAUGCGAGAGCUGAUGCGAUUAUUAAAGGAAGGGACCAUUGCAGCAGCUGAUAGCGAUGCCAGGGCGCCGUCUGGCCGCUACAAUGUUGUAUAA